AUGCCGAGCUCCAUGUCUCACCAACUCGGCUUCGCUCUUCGAUCCGUCGCGAGAUCCGCCGUUGCCGGGUCCUCCAAGCAGAGCCUCGCCUCGUUCGCACCGCGCGCUCCUGCUUUCCUCCCGGCUUCGCGAGCCAUGAACUUCUCGACGGCUCGAACCGCUCUCAACUCGGCUAACCAGAAGAAGGAAGAGGACAUCAAGGCAUCUGGCGAGGCCAUGGGCGCCACCGACAAGGAGGCCGGCGCUGGUACCGAGGCGUUGCAAGCGCAGAUCAAGGAGAAGGACGCCAAGAUCAAGGAGUUGCAAGAAGCUAUUCUCUACGGCAAGGCCGACUACCAGAACCUACAGCGCCGAUCCAAGGACGAGAAGGCGCAAGCGGGCGAUUUCGCCAUCACCAAGCUCGCCAAGGACUUGACCAGCUCGAUCGACAUCCUCGGUUUGGCGCUUAAGUCGGUGCCCGAGGAGCUGCGCACCGCUCCCAAGGACCUCGACCUCAAAGAUCCUCGUCGUGUCAUUGCUGACCUGUUCUCGGGAGUCGACCUCACCUCCAAGUCGUUGCUCGACAUGCUCCGAACACACGGCAUCGUUCAAUUUGACCCAACGGGUGAAAAGUUCGACCCCAAGGAGCACGAGGCGCUCUACCAGGCUCCCGUGCCCGGCAAGGAGCCAGGUACCGUUCUCGAGUGUAGCAAAGUUGGCUACAAGAUCAAGGACCGCCUUCUCCGCGCCGCUGAAGUGGGUGUCGUCCAGUCGACCAACUAA